AUGAAGCUCGUUAACCGUUUGCUCGCUUCAUUCCUGUCAGUGAGCACCGUGUUGCAGUCAUGUUGGGCCCAGUCCGGCACACCGGUUGCCUACACGGAUACUGAGACGGGCAUCACGUUUGACACGUGGUCGGUACCUGCUGGUACGGGUACGGGGGGUCUCGUCUUCGGUGUAGCCCUGCCGGGUUCGGCGUUGACCACCGAUGCGACGGAGUUUAUCGGUUACCUGCAAUGCGCGUCCCAAAAUGCCUCGUCCGCUGGCUGGUGUGGCAUUUCAUUGGGUGGUGGCAUGAACAACAAUCUCUUGUUCUUGGCCUAUCCGUACGAGGAUACGGUCUUGACCUCCCUGCGAUUCGGUUCGGGCUAUAGCAUGCCCGGGGUCUAUACCGGCAAUGCCAAUGUCACCCAGAUUUCUUCAAGCAUCAAUGCCACUCACUUUACGUUGCUUUUCCGUUGCGAGAAUUGUCUGACCUGGGACCAAAAUGGCCAAACCGGAAACGCGACCACAAGCAAGGGUAGGUUAGUCCUGGGAUGGGCGCAGUCUACGGAGAGCCCGUCGAACCCAUCCUGUCCGGAUAAUAUCAGCUUAGUGCAGCAUGACAACCAGGGUAUCAUCUCGGCUACUCUCGAUGAGAAUGCUGCCAGUGCGUCCUACGAGGACUGGGUCAAGCUGGCUAACAAGACUGUUCCCGGUGACUGCUCUGGUGACGGUGGUGGCGGCAACGAGCCGACUCCUGUCCCUGUCCCUGACGGUGCUACAUACGACUAUAUUGUCGUCGGUGGAGGUGCCGGGGGUAUCCCUGUCGCCGAUCGGCUGAGUGAGGCUGGACACAGCGUUCUCCUCAUCGAGAAAGGUCCUCCUUCCUCGGGACGCUGGGGUGGCACCAUGAAGCCCAGCUGGCUGGAUGAUACCAAUCUGACGCGAUUUGAUGUGCCUGGGCUGUGCAACCAGAUCUGGGUCGACUCCAACGGUAUCGCCUGCAGUGAUACCGACCAGAUGGCAGGUUGUGUGCUGGGCGGAGGCACCGCCGUCAACGCCGGAUUGUGGUGGAGGCCAAAUCCCGUUGACUGGGACUACAACUUCCCCGAGGGAUGGCAGUCGUCCGACAUGCAGGCUCCCGCGGACCGCGUGUUCUCGCGAAUCCCUGGAACCACAACCCCCUCCACCGAUGGAAAGCUUUAUUACCAGCAAGGAGCCGAUAUACUGUUCAAUGGCUUGCAAUCCGCCGGAUGGUCUUCCGUCACCCUCAACGAUGUCCCGGCCCAGAAAACGAAGACCUUUGGCCACGCACCAUUCAUGUUCUCUGGUGGUGAGCGUGGAGGGCCCAUGGGGACGUAUCUGGUGUCGGCGAGCGAGAGAGAUAAUUUUGCCCGCUGGUCGAACACGACUGUGAAGAGGGUUGUUCGUGAAGGCGGACGUAUCACUGGAGUUGAGGUCGAGGCGACCCUCAAUGGUGGCUACGCGGGUACCGUCAAUGUAACUGCCAAUACGGGUCGAGUCAUUCUUUCUGCGGGAACUUUUGGAACGCCAAAGGUCCUUAUGAGAAGUGGUAUCGGCCCGAAGGACCAGCUGUCCAUUGUGAAGAACUCAACUGACGGAGAGACAAUGAUUGCUGAAUCUGAGUGGAUCGAACUUCCAGUUGGCGAGAACUUGGUCGAUCAUGUCAAUACUGAUGUUGUGGUGACCCACCCUGAUGUUGUCUUCUAUGAUUUCAAAGCAGCAUACAAGACCCCCAUCGAGAGUGAUGCGACGAGCUAUCUGAACGAUCGCACCGGGAUCUUCGCGCAGGCUGCGCCUAACAUUGGUCCUAUAAUCUUCGACGAAGUCACCGGUUCUGAUGGCAUUAAACGACAGAUACAGUGGACUGCUCGUGUGGAAGGCGGUCACGAUACGCCUGACGGACACGCUAUGACCAUUAGCCAAUACCUCGGCCGCGGCUCAACCUCGCGUGGCCGCAUGGCCAUCACGGCGGGACUGGACACUGUGGUCUCGACACUGCCAUUCCUGCGGGACGAGAGCGACGUCAAUGCUGUGAUCCAGGGAAUCCAGAACCUGAAGAUGGCCCUGAACGGAACGGGAUUUACCUGGAACUAUCCUUCUCGGAACACUUCCAUUGCCGAGUUUGUCAAGACUAUGCCAAUCACUGCCGGAACACGCCGAGCUAAUCACUGGAUGGGAACCUGCAAAAUAGGUACAGAUGAUGGCCGUACUGGAGGUAGCGCCGUUGUUGAUUUGAAUACGAAGGUCUAUGGAACGGACAACCUGUUCGUCGUGGAUGCUAGUAUCUUCCCGGGCAUGAUCACGACCAAUCCUUCGGCUUACAUUGUCACGGUCGCGGAGCAUGCAGCUGAAAAGAUUCUUGCGCUGUGA